AGCCAUUCGACCAGCGCCCAUAAACGCACCGCCAUCUGGCAGCUGAAGUUCUCAAAAGAAAGAAAAAAAAAGAGUCGAAGUAUGCAGCACGCACCCUAUUUUCGUUUUACUUUGUGCAAAUGAGCGAAGAAAUUGGCCAUUUUAUCAAGGCUGUUGAAAGUUGCCCCGCAGCGGGGUAGGCAGAGCAGUGACGCAUCGGCUCGAGUGAACCCAAAGCGAAUAAUCAAACGCAGCAGCAGCAGCAGCAGCUCCCAGCUCCGCCUUUCGGAAGCGGAAACGCAAACCGCGUCAUCUGUCCCCUCUGCGCGUGUGUGUGUGUGUGAGUGUAUGUGCGCGCGCGAGGGUCCCGUCGCUUGCACCUCUUCGCUACGUGCCUGUGUGUGUUUUCUUCGCUUCUUUUCCUCCACUUCGCAUCACACAAUCCGUCGGAAUCCUUCCCGUCGUUGCACGAAUUUUCCCGUGCCCGUGUCCCGCCGCUGCUCUCUCCCUCGCACGAAAAAGCGAGCGAGCGAAAAAGGCGCAGCAAUAGGGAGUGCGAGCGAGCGAAUGGGCGCGCGCGAGAAAGUGAUGAACAUGUAUAUAAAUAUUCACGACGAGUGCACCCCUGACCCGGUUACCAAGUGAUAUGUGUGCCCAACGCAAAUGUCGUCUCGCUGGCUCCGGAUGCUUGUUCUUGGCUGUUGAGCGUGUGCGGUGGUGAAGUGUUUUUUUUUGUUUUUGCUCUGGGCGAAAAAGAAUCGUCAUCAUCUUCCCCGCGAGUGUGCGUGCGUGCGUGCGUGUGUUUUGCAACGUGCUGGAGGGGCUGGAGCGGAACUUGCACACAAGCGCCUGUGUGGCCCAAGCGUGUGUGUAAAUACGACAGAACAGCAGCAGCAGCGGCAGUGGUUCGAUUACUUUGCUUGUGUGUACGGUGGGGAGCGCUAGCAUAACGCACACACACACAUAAACACACGCUCGCCCGUGUGCGUUUGUGCGCCGCGAUAGCGGUUGUGCGAGGGCCCGUGUUACCUGCAAAGGGAGACCGAAGAAGAAGGUUCGUGUGUGUGUUAUGUUCCGGAAUAUGCCCGAAAGUAGCGCCAGAAUCGGUGCUGCGCCUAACAGCAGGGGACAGAGUGGUGAGGUGUGUUGAGGCUGUAUGCGCGCAAUUAAAACAAUUUGUUAUUAAAAAAGACAAUCAAAAUGGCGGCCGCGCGCGGUGCUGCAAAUUCCGGAAUGGAUGUGUCCGAUCGGCAGCAGAAGGAUUAGCAUACGCGCUCUCUCGCAGCGAACCCCCGUGUGUGUGUGUGCGUGUGAGAUUGGUGAGUGGUUCCAGCGGGGUGAGCAGUGGUGGUGUGUUGCGGUGAAUACGUGUUUAUGCUGUGUGCCGUUCUAGUGUGCUGUGCCCGUGCCCGUGCCAUCCGUGUGUGCAGUGUGUGGAAGUAAUUGGCGAGGAAAAUGCGUGAAAAUCCCGAUGACGUGAGCCCGCAAGUAUGGAAAGAGUGGAUCCUGGAGGCGAUCAGGCGCAUCCGGUUCCAGAAGCAGCGGCCUAGCAUACAGCGCAUCUGUCAGGCGAUCGGCAGCCACCACAAGUUCCACGAGGACAUCGUGGCGGAGAAGCUGGAGGAGGCGGUCGAGGCCGGCUCGGUGCUGAAGGUGUACAACAAGGGGCUGCACUCAUACAAGGCGCCCACCUCGACCCAGCGGCGCGUCAUCAACGUCACGAACGAGAGCAACCUGUCGCGGCAGGUGGCGAAAGCGGUCCGCGAUCUCGGCGAGUUCGAUGGGUCGUCGCAGAAGUCGAUCGAGAACUAUGUGCAGCAGACGAACAACCUGCACAUCGCGCCCGACACCGACUACAAGAGCGUGAUACGCAACGCGAUCCGGAUCGCGCUGGCCGAGGAGACGAUCAUGCAGGAGGGCCGGCUGUACAAACCGGGGCCGGUGUUCAAGCCGAUCACCAAGCGCAAAUCGACCUCGCCCAAAAAGCGGGGCAGCAGCAAGCAUUUAGACCGUUCCGCCGAGGGAAACAUGUGCGUGGUGUGCCAGGAGGCGGAAGGGAACGGGUCCGACGACGAGGGCGAACCGCUCACCAGCUGCAGCAGUUGCGGCGCGGGGCUGCACGACAGCUGCGCGAUCGGGCCCGGGCAGAGCAGCCGGGCGGUGACGCUGUCGCGCCUGCUGGAGAAGGGCAACAGCUGGCACUGCGAGGAGUGCAAGGUGUGUGACGCCUGCUCGAACCAGGACGACGACGAGGACGGCGUGAAGGGUGUCUGUCUGCUCGACUGCUGGAGCUGCAAGAAGCAUUACCACCUUUCCUGUCUCAGCCCGGCCCUGACGGAGAUGAAAAAGUGCAAAACCGCUUGGAGAUGCUCCGACUGCUUAAGCCAAUCCAGGGACAGUGAUAGGAAGUCCAGCAUAAUGCGCCCGGCAACCGGUGAAAAGAAGCGCAAAAGGUUGCUCACUGGCGACAAAGACCCCAAGGGAAGUUCGGAAGCUAUCAGUCUACCAGUACCUUACAAAAGUGCAUACGAUUCUACCAACGAGGAAGCGAUAGAAAAACAAACACUUCCGGAAGGUGUGACGCAGCAGGAUGCGGAGCUGUACAAGUACGUGCGCGAACAGUCGACCAAGAUCGUGGUAGGCGUGUCCAAGGCGCCCACCAUCGCCGCUCAUCACAAGCACAACAACAACAACAGCGAGCAGCGGGGCCGACACUUCUCCCCCGAUCGGACCAGCCACCAACACCAGCACCAGGCGGCGAACAGCAGCAGUAUUCUACAGCAGUCCCCAUCGAAACUGAUGGCAGCGCAGGAUCGUUGUCCGGCGGCGAUAGAGUUUGGCAAGUACGCGAUCGAAACCUGGUACUCGAGUCCGUUCCCGCAGGAGUACGCGCGACUGCCGAAACUGUUUCUGUGCGAGUUCUGCCUGAAGUACACCAAGAGCAAGGCGGUACUGCAGCGACACCAGGACAAGUGCUCCUGGCGCAAUCCCCCGGGCACGGAGAUCUACCGCCACGACGGGGUGUCCGUGUUCGAGGUGGAUGGCAAUGCGAACAAAAUCUACUGCCAGAAUCUGUGCCUGCUGGCGAAGCUGUUCCUCGACCACAAGACGCUCUACUACGACGUGGAGCCGUUCCUGUUCUACGUGCUGACGCGCUACGACCGCAAGGGCUACCAUCUGGUCGGGUACUUCUCGAAGGAAAAGCACUGCCAGCAGAAGUACAACGUGUCGUGCAUUAUGACGAUGCCGCAGUACCAGCGGCAGGGGUACGGGCGCUUCCUGAUCGACUUCAGCUACCUGCUGAGCCGGGAAGAGGGGCAGCCGGGCACGCCGGAGAAGCCGCUGUCCGAUCUGGGCCGGGUGUCCUACUACGCCUACUGGAAGUCGACCGUGCUGAACUACCUGUACGAGCACCGGCGCCGGGCGGAGGAGGAGUCGGGUGGCGGUGCUGCCGGAUCGAAGCUGCUUCCCCUCUCGAUACAGCAGAUCUCGCAGGAAACGGGCAUGGUCGUGCCGGACAUUGUGCUGGCGCUGCAGCUGCUCUCCUUCAUCAAGUACCGCAAGAUCGACCGGGGCGGCGGCUUCAAGGUGUACCAGCCGCUGAUCUGCAUCGACUGGCGGCUGGUCGACCGGCAGCACGAGCGCAUGGUGCGGUCGCGGGCCCGCCUCGCGAUCGAGAAGGAGUGUCUGCGCUGGACGCCACUGUUUUUCUCCAGCACGGCCUCGUUCUCCGAGCUGGACGGUAGCAACAUACCGAUGGAGGCAAACGAACCCGGUGACGAGCCGGCUGGGGGAAGCAGGAUAGGCGGUCCCGCCGUCAGCCCCAAGCCCGAGGAAGAAUCGGACCAGGAGAAGGAAGAGAAAGCGUCGCGGAAUGGGCCGCUCAAGAGUGGUACAGCUUCACAACAGCCGCCGCCACCCCAUCGGAAGGCGGGAGGAGAAUCGGGCAGGAGGAAAAAACGCGGCCGCGAUGUGUCGCCGCCACCGGAGCCAAUCGCCAUCUCGCGCGUGGAAAACGACCUCCCAGCGCGCAACAGAACGCAUUCGCUCAAGCUGGAAGAGCAGACGGAUGAAGAGGAGGCGGCGGCGGCGGCAGUGGCGAUGCUAGCAGCACGCAACACUGCCACCGUGGCGACGGGCGGCCGAAAGCGGGGCCGAGUGGCGCAGGACAAAGAGCCGACCAAGCCCGGAAGUGCCAGCAACACGUUCGAGCGGCUGCGCAAACGACGUCGGUUGGACUCGGAAGAAGCGACAGUGGAGGAGAAACAGCAACCGCCGUACGGCGGCAAUCUGCUGAAGGAUGCUUCGCCGCUAACGGGUCGAUCGGGUGGGCUGCGCCGAAAGCGGCUAAACUUGCGGCUUUCCGACUCGGAGCCGGAGCCGGAGCCGGAAGCUACUCCGCGCAUCACCGAAGACAGAAGGACAAAGGCCGGUAAACUGGCAGCACGUGGAGACGCCGGUGAGCCGGUGAAUGGGGGCGUGUUUAGCCGUGGCCAGGGUGGCCGCGAUAUUGCGCUGGAGCAACGUGCGUCACCGGCGGCAGCAGCCAAACGAACGGGCGCCAUGGGAAUGCGAAACUCCAAACGGCUGGCCAGCAGUCCGGCCAAUACGAUCGAGAGCGAGGAACCGGCGGAGGAAGCACUGGCGGUAGCUGCCGAGAAGGCGAAAUCAUUUCGAAGCUCCUCAACGGCAGGCACGGUGAGGCAGAGGCAGAAUCACGCAGCGGCAGCUACGGCCGGCUAUACGUUACCUUCCUCCUCCUCCUCGUCGUCGUCGAUCGCCGGACCUUCUACACAUUCCCCGACCAAGAAGGAAGCGGCUGCGGCGGCGGCAGCAGCAGCAGCGGCAGCGUCAGCAGCCACAGCAACAGCAAGUGUUAGCGCGACCAACUUGAGCAGCAGCAAGUUACGCCAUAAAGCAUCUCCUACAACGGGCGUAGGGCGGCAUAAGAAACGCCAGGGCAAGAAAGCGAUCGUUCCCGUGGCGGACGCCAGUGAGGACUACUCUUCGGGAGAAGCGGACGAUGAAAUGGAGGAGGAAACGCGCAGUGCACCACCACUACCGCCGCCAGCAUCGUCAGCAAGCAGCGUGGUUGCCAGCGUGGGCAAGAAAUCACCCUCCAAAACACCACCGUUCAGUGCUGGCGUCGUCGCGAACAACAGUGCGGCGGACACCGUACCGUCCAAGGUGUCGCAGCGCGUUCCCCCGCCGCUCUCGAGUCCGGAUGCAAAGGCAGCGAAGGGUGCCGGCCCCAAGAGCAAGACAAUAAGCGAACAACAACGACGUGUCAAGGAGGAGGAGCAUUCAGAGCGAACUGCGACCAACGCGGAUUCGUCGACGGGUGCUUUGGAGCGCACGGUGAACGCAAAGCAAAGCAACAGCGGCAAAGACGGCGACAGAACUCCACCCAUUGCGGCUGAAAGCACCGCCGGAGCGGCGGCACUGGAAAAGGAUACGCCAAGUGUCGCAAGUUCGGCGCCAUCGGACGACAGCCGGCUGCAAGGCUGUGAAGCGAACGGUGAAGCUGUUUCAGCAAACUCCAAAAAGGGCGCAGUGAAGCAAGAAUCCAGCCCUACCGCGAGCCGUUUAUCGGUGGAAGGUGGUCCGAGCUCCGUUAUCAGCAGACCAACGGGAUCGGCCUCGGGCUCUGUGGUGGAGCAGGGCAAGGGUGAGCAAAAGGAGGGAGUAAUCCUGCAGGCGCCUCCUUCCUCGAAAGCUGGCACACCCGAGAAGAAGGAUGCCAUCGGCUCGCCGAACAAAGAAUCCUACGCGAAAGCGUCCGAGCAGGCGAACAAAGAAGCGUCCAAGGGCGGCAGCAGCAGCACUGGCGUUAUAAGCGAGCCCGCCUCCCCGCCGCUCGUGAACGGAGGAGCAGUAGAGAUCAACGAGAAAAUCUCUGUGAUAACCGAAUCAAAAAACUGUCUAACGACCCAUCCGACGGUGGCCGACACUGCUGAGCCGUUGCAGGUAGCGGCGGCAGCAGACGGCGGCAGCAGCUCCAUCAACGGGCAGAUGCAGAGUCCGGAGAAGAAGACCGUCGGAACGGGCACGGAAACUGCGCCUGCUAGUGCCGACGGUGGUCAGAUGAACGGUGUCCAGAGCUCGCCGAAGAUGCAAAAGAUGCUUGCAAACGAUAGCGACAACAACAGUACAAAUCGAUCAGCGGUAGAUCGUGCUUCUAGUAGUGCCAAUAAUACGGCCAGUGUUUUGAAGAUUAACGAAAACUACGAUAAACACCAUCACAACCACCAACACCAGCAGCAGCAACAUCACGCGGAUCCGCUCCGAAACCGGCCGAAGGUAAUUGUGGACGGUAUUACGAGCUGCUCGGGGGAAGGUAAAGCGAAGGAGGAACCGGCGCCGGAUGCGGUCAAAGCGUCGUCCGACGUGAUUCGGACGAGGGAAGAGCCCAAUACUGCGCCCUCAGCUGCUCCUUUAAACCACGAGCCGGGCAGCAUCAAGCCAACGGCUGAAUCCGGUAUAAUUCAACAAACAUCCGCCAUCGUUCCGACGAGCAGCAGCAGCAGUAGCAGCACUACCGGCACAACCGUGCACGAGAUGGCGAUGCACAAGAAAAAGUUCAUGAAAAACAUGGAAAGCUCGACCGACAACGGCUUGACUCAGCAGCAGCAGGUGGCGAAACCGGCGGCAACAGCUAAUAAUGACCAACCGGAUCAAUCCGUCAUUAAGCAGAACGACGAGGUGGUGACCAGUGCGAAGAUAGCGAGCUUUACCCACAGCAGCACCGCCAGCGCCAGCGUUCCUGUGUCGUCCGCGCCAACCGAUAGCGCGAUAGCCGUGCCCACCACUGUGGACAUAAAGAAGGAAAAAUCACCCCCAAAGGUAAGCGGCUCGUCCACGGUCGGGCCCGUCCUCGCGUCCUCGGCAUCGAAGGGUGCAAAAAACGAAUCGCAUAAAUUGGCGCCGUCGCAUAGCAACGGCAGUGGUGGUGCGGCAAAGUGUACCGAAAGCAGCACCGCUAGUGUCGCCACUGCUUCGUGCGCCACCGCCGUAGUGACAAGCGCCGCUAGCACGCAGCAAGCGCUGGCGGAAGCGGGAAAGCGAACCACGUCCGAACCAAUCCACGCCGGCCUGGGCUAUGGAGCGGAACCAAAGACGGAAUCGAAGCGUGGAAAGGAUAAGUCGAACGCCGGCAGCGGUUCCUCGGGCAAUGUCGGUGCGAACGCUUCGGAAGAUGGUGGCCAGAGCGCGGGUGGUAAAACAAGCCGCAGCAACUCCUCGUCUUCAUCGUCCGCGAGCGACCACCAGCAGCCGCACGGUGGCAAACGGUCCGGCUCGACGUCGUCCACCAGUUCCUCGUCUGGUUCGAGCAGCGCGAAGGGAGGAGAGCACACUUCUUCGUCGUCGGCCACUGCCGGAAUGAUGACGGCGGCCACCGUCUCCACCGCUGCUUCCAAGCGCUCCGAGGCGAGUGCGCGCAAGGAAGCGAACAAGCACAAUGCCGCUAAUGCGUAUGCCGGGCAGCAGGGUACGGGUGGCAACAGUAUUAACAACACCACAACCACGCUCAACAACCAUUGCAAAGUAGCUCAGGCAGACAAUCAUCAGCUCCAUCAGCAGGUGCCGCAGCAGCAGCAGCUGCCUCAGCAGCAGCAACAACACCAGCAGCAGCCACAGCAGCAACAACAUCAACAGCCGCAUCAACACUCGCAUCAGCAUCAUCAGCAGCAGCAACAUCAGCAGCAACAAGCCUCUCAGCAUCAGCAGCAGCAACAGUACCAUAUGAACGCGAAAUCAGCAGCCACCAUGCCCCCGCUGCUAAUGGACGGCAGUGGUGGUGGUGGUGUGGGUAUUACCCCGCCAUCCCAAUCCACCGGUCCUUCGAUGCAAGGACCAGCGAGUGCGGCUCCGGGAGGUAUAAGCGGUACACCGAAUAACGUACCCGUCAGCUCUACACCGCCAGUCGGCAAUGUGCACGGUGGCAGCAGCAUGAUGAUGCCGACCGGUCCCGGGAUGGGUCCGGCCGGAGGCGGCGGCGGUGGCGGCGGCGGAAGCACGCUGAUGGGCAUGAACAAUGCGCCUUCCUGCCGGACGGACAAACACGCGUCCAAGCACGCGAUGCACGAUCCGAAGACGACGAUCGAUCUGAACAAGAUGACGCCCCAGUUCCCGGGCAUCAACCAGCUGUCCAGCUACGCGCCGGCCCAGUACUAUCCGAUCGAUCCGUACUACCACCAGGGCUACAAUCUGAUGCAUCUGGACACGGGCAGCCAGAAGUCACCGAACAAGUUCCAUCUCGAUCUGGCCACCAGCAUGGCGUACGGCAGCUUCACCUCCAACCUGUACCCGUCGUUCCAGCACCAGGAGCAGCAGUACCAGCAGGUACCGCCCGCCCCGGCCACGCCCUCUUACCAGUCGAAGGAACGGGCGAACGUCAAGUCGGAACGCAAAGGUGCUAACGCCGGCAGCGGCGGCAGUACGCUCGAUCAAACGUCGUCUGGCACGUCCAGCUCCUCGUCCACCAAACACGGCAAGUCCGCUUCGAAGUCGGGAGCCUCGAACGCUGCUGCAGCCGCCGACGAUGGGAGCAAGUUUAAGGGCAACAAUGCAGCGGACGUCCAUCACCUAUCGCAACAUUCCACUCAGCAGCAACAGCAGCAGCAGCAGCAGCAGCAACAGCAGCAGCAACAGCAGCAGCAGCAACAGCAGCAACAUCAACAGCAGCAACUCUGUCCCUCGCCGUACGAUACGGGUUUGCUGUGUGGUAAAGCGAACCAAUACCAUCAUCUCACCUCAGCGCAAGCCAUCCAGCAUUCCCAUCAACUAGCCCAGCAACACCACCAGCAGCAGCAGCAGCAGCAGCAGCAGCAUCAUCAGCAACACCAUCAGCAUCAGCACCAGCAACAGCAACAUCAUCAGCAGCAGCAGCAGCAGCAUCAGCAUCACUCGCAGCAGCAACACACCCAGCAGCAGCAGCAGCAGCAGCACAAAUCCAUCCAGAAGGGUAAAAACGAGCCCAGCAGCAAGCUUAGCGACUCCUCCUGCAUGGUUGCCGCCGGUGCAGCGGCCAAGUCAUCGCCCGCCGUUACCGCUGAUCCGUGUCACGCCGCCGUGCAGCAGCAAACGAUGCAUCUGAUGGGCAGUGGGGCCGGUCCGAAGGCGGGCGGGUUCCCGGGCGGCGAGCCGGAUCUGCACGGCGACGGGGCAACCGGUGGUGGGCAGACGGACCUGAAGCAGCAGGGUACGCCCGGUCCGGGCGGGGACCAUUCGAUCGGCGUGUACACGCCGGAAUCGACGACCUCGAACUCGGUGCAGAGCCUGCACCAGUACGGCCAGUGCGACAUAGACGUCAGCCAGCUGGGGCUGGAAUCGCCCGCCAGCAUAGCAAGUGACGUCACGUCCCAGAACUCGGCGGACGCGAUCCGACCGCCCAGCGUGGUGUCGCAGCACGGCGGCUCGAUCGGCGGUGGCCCCUACUCGGACUGUUCCGUGCAGCAGCAGCAGCAGCAGCAGCAGCUUCAGCAACAUCAACAGCACCAGUCACAGAUGCACAUGACGAUGCAUACGCACGUGCCGGAAACGAGCCCACAGCAUCCCCCGCAGCAGAUGACAAUCAUAGCCAAUAACAGUGGCGGCGGUGGCGGUGGCGGUGGCGCCAGCGGUGGCACUGGUUCCGGCAAUGGAGGCAGCGGUCGGGGCAAGCAGCAGCAUCCUUCGCAGCAACAUCUCGCCCAGCAGCAGCAGCAGAUAGCGCACGGUGGAAACGGCAGCACUGGAGGGCGGCAACGAGCGUCCACGCCGAAGGUCAGCCGGAACACACCGACGCCGGGAGCGCAGCAGCGGCACCAGAGCCGCACGACACCGCCCGUUGUCAGCAACGUGAUUCAGCCGAUCGUGAGCCCCGGCCAUCAUCAGCAGCAGCACCAGCAGCAGCAACACCAGCAGCAGCAGCAGCAGCAGCAGGCGGCAAUGCAAGCGGCCUCCCUGAAUCAACAGCAGCAACAGCACCAUCAGCAGCUGGCACUGCAGCAGCAGAUGCACCAAGCGUACGGUCAGUCGCUAAACCACCAGGCGCACAGCCAAAACAUGCACCAGGCGGCGGCCGGCGGGGGCUACCUGGGCGCGCAGCUCGGUCUGGCGGGUCAGGCACCGCCCUACCCGCAAUCGCCGACCUCCUACGGCAGCGUGAUUCAGCACCGCAUGUCCAACAACCACACGCCGGCCAGCCUGCACAGCCCGCACCAGCGGCUGGGGGCGUCGCCCGUCUCCUCGUGCGCCGUAUCAUCCUCCAACAACUUCUACGUGCAGCAGCAGCAGCAGCAGCAGACGGGUGGAGUGACGCUUCCCGGUUCCCACACCCCCAUCCCGCAAGCUCCAACGCCCGCUCCCACGCCCACACCCACCCCGACACCGCAGCUCGAGCCGCAGUCCUGCCAGGGCGGUCCACCCGGCGCGGCCGGGCAGCUUCAGCAGCAGGGCCCGCAGCUGUCCUGCCUCUCGAAGCUGCAGCAGCUAACGACGAACGUGGACAUCUGCCAUUCUCCCGUUACGCCACCACCAUCCGCCCACCAUGCACCACAUCCGCACGGUGGGCCUCCGGGUGGUGGUGGAGGUGCAGGCGGAUCUGCCGGGGCCGGUUCCAACCCGUCCGGCAGUGCGCCGGGUUCCGGUGGCGGAGGUGGCGCCGGUGGUGGCCACAUGGUGGCAGCCCAGAACGUCGUCCGCAACAUUUCGACGCCGCCCGUCUCGAUCCAUUCGGCCCAGAUGUCCACGAUCAACUACCACAAGUACUACACCGGCAACAUGAACAUGCCGACGAUCGCACAGAACGCGGUGGCGGCGGCUGCCGCGGCCGGGGCGGCUCGCCGCAAUGCGGCGGCCGCCUCCUCCGCGCAGAUACAGCACAUGGCGGCGGCCGCGAACCGGUCCAGCAGCGUCAGCCCGAACGUGGCCAUCAGCACGAACCUGAUGUCGCCGUACGGGUCGCUGAACGGGUACCGGAUGACGACGGCCGGCCAGUCGCCGGGGACGGGCGGCUACAUCGGCAACCCGGCCGCCGGCUUCAUCCAGAACUCGGCCCAGCUCGGCCCGGUGCAGAUGGGCGUGAUGAACAUGCCGUCCCAGUACCAGGACCCGAGUGCCAUCCAGCGCGCCCAGCAGAACUCGAUGUACUCCUCCUACUCCGCCUACCUGCCACCGAUGAGACGCUAGUAGUAGUAGUUGUAGUAGUAGUGGUGAGAUGGCAAGCUCGCGCAAACAAAUCUGACCGUGUCGUUUGAUUAGGUUAGCGAAAUGAGUUUUUGUUUCGUGUUUCGUCAGCUUUCCAACGAUGCUGAUGCGGAAUAAUGCGGGAGAUUCGGCUGCGCUCCUCGCUCCUCUUGAGGCUAAUUUGUAGGACUACGGGGAAUGGAAGGAUCAACAGAAAAGCCCAUGCUGAAACGCCUUAAAAAGUUACUCUUUCACGCAAUGCGGCGUAUCGUUGCCGCCCGAGAGGGUAAAAUCCCAAACCACGCCUCCUCCACUAUUAUUCGGUUUAAUGACUAUUGUACUAAACCGUAAGCCCAAUGUUUUAUUCCACACACAACACUCAAACGCGCCUUCGUUCAGUCCAUUGUAUCCCGUUUUUGUUUUAUGUCUUUAAUACUGUAAAUGCACCCACGUACACACUCUGUAUUGUUAGGGAAAAUAGAUGUUAGCGAGUAAACAUAAUGGAAGCAUUGGCAGCAGGAGGUGGUCAGCGAACAACAAAACACACCAGACACACACACAAGCACUAAGGAUGGACGGGACGGGCGAACGCGGACGCGUCAAGUGUUUUAGAUACGCGCAUGUAAAGAUAUAUAGUUAAAGUUAAAGCAAGUAUCGACUAAAAAACAAA